AAUGGAUUUCAAAUGUGAAAUAAUAUUGAAACGUGGCUGACAGAGACGCUGCGAAAAAAGUUUCUUUUUUUUUUUUUUUCCCCUCCUUUUUGGAGUAGGGGCACAAAGGGGUGUCCUGCAGCGGCAGGGUUUAUCAGUUGUACUUGUAGGCUUAAAAUCUGUGUAUAUUGCUAUUUUCUUGAUUCUUUUACUCCCCAUCCCGGAGCUCUCAGGGAAAAGGCAAGCUUUCUAUACAUUAAUGACAUACAGGCAUGUAAGUGAAUAUGUCCAAGCCUCUGUAUUUGUUGGUUUUGUAGCUCUUGUCCUACCAAUGUCUUUUUUAAAAUCACCAGUGCUUGAAAUAUUUGAAUGUGUGCAUGUCUCUGAGCAUUUUGCUGUGUUAGUGAUGAUAUACCGCUUCACUUUCAGAAGAUAAGCUGUGGCUGGGAGUAAGCACAACUAAGCACAACUUUUUUUUUUUAUUUACCUCCUUUUUUUUCUCACCCCCCCUUUUUUUUUGAUAUAUAUAUUGUAUCCCAAAAGGUGCAGUGCAGUGGGCAACCCCCCCACUGUUUUAGAAAGAAAGUGACUUUAAUUUGAAUUGGAGGUUAGCAACAUUCACUACCAUGUGCAUUGUUGUUUCUAUUUUGGGUGCGAUCUCUUUUUAGUUUUUUUUUCCUAACUAUCUCCUAAAUUGAAGUUUUGAGAAAAAGAAUAAAUCAGCUGUAGUCGGGUGAACAGGGAUUUGGGGAAGGAUAAAAGGAAGACGUUUUCUUGCCUAAUUUGCCUGCCGCCGUCCGAGAGCUGCUUGGGAAAGAAAGUUCCUCUGCUGACAACUUGCCUUUUACUCUUUCGGUCCAAGCAAGUGUCAGGGAUCUUUAAAAGUGUUUAUUCACACCUUCGCUUUUAAUAGAUGAAAAGUGGCUGUUUCCCCCGCUGCCUGGGAACCGCGGUAGCUUUCGUUCCUUAAUCUUUAACAAAGAAAACCCCUUAAAAAAAAAAAAAAAAAAAAAAGGCAUUCCCAAAAUCCCGAGAGCCCGGACGCGAACGUUUCCAGCUUUUCGGCUUUGAAAGUUGCGUUCGCGUGGAAUUGCUGGAAAUCCGCAAAUCGCUCAUUCUCGGUUUUGGUUUGGUUUGGUUUUGUUUACUGCUGAUGAAGUUUUUGCAUCCUCGCUGGUGAGUACGACGAGCUGCCCCACUACGGCGGCAUGGAGGGGGUGGGCAUCCCCACCACCAUGUACGGGGACCCCCACGGCGCCCGCCCCAUGCAGCCCGUUCACCACCUGAACCACGGGCCGCCGCUGCACUCGCACCAGUACCCGCACGCCGCCCACGCCAACGCCAUGCCCCCCGCCAUGGGCGCCUCCGUCAACGACGCCCUCAAGAGAGAUAAAGAUGCCAUCUACGGACACCCCCUGUUCCCUCUUUUAGCACUGAUUUUUGAGAAAUGUGAAUUAGCUACAUGCACACCCAGGGAGCCCGGGGUAGCGGGAGGCGAUGUUUGCUCCUCUGAGUCUUUCAAUGAAGACAUAGCAGUGUUCGCCAAACAGAUCCGAGCAGAGAAACCCCUCUUUUCCUCUAAUCCUGAACUGGAUAACUUGAUGAUUCAAGCCAUACAAGUAUUAAGGUUUCAUCUGUUGGAAUUAGAGAAGGUACACGAAUUAUGUGACAAUUUCUGCCACCGGUAUAUUAGCUGUUUGAAAGGAAAAAUGCCUAUCGAUUUGGUCAUAGACGAUAGAGAGGGUGGAUCAAAAUCGGACAGUGAAGACAUAACAAGAUCAGCAAAUCUAACGGAUCAGCCCUCCUGGAACAGGGACCAUGAUGACACGGCAUCAACGCGCUCUGGGGGAACCCCCGGACCCUCCAGUGGGGGACAUACAUCACACAGCGGGGACAACAGCAGUGAGCAAGGUGACGGCUUGGACAACAGUGUAGCUUCCCCCAGCACAGGUGAUGAUGAUGAUCCAGAUAAGGACAAAAAGCGACAUAAAAAGCGUGGCAUCUUUCCCAAAGUAGCCACAAAUAUCAUGAGGGCAUGGCUGUUCCAGCAUCUAACACACCCUUACCCUUCAGAAGAGCAGAAAAAGCAGUUGGCACAAGACACAGGGCUCACUAUACUUCAAGUGAACAAUUGGUUUAUUAAUGCUAGAAGAAGAAUAGUUCAGCCCAUGAUAGACCAGUCCAAUCGAGCAGUAAGUCAAGGAACACCCUAUAACCCCGAUGGGCAGCCAAUGGGAGGUUUCGUGAUGGACGGCCAGCAGCACAUGGGCAUCCGAGCGCCAGGACCUAUGAGUGGAAUGGGCAUGAAUAUGGGCAUGGAGGGGCAGUGGCACUACAUGUAACCUUCACCUAGGUAACCAAUGGCAAAGCCAGGGGGAAGGCUGCAAAGUAUGCCAGGGGAUUAUGUGUCUCGGGGUAGUCCAAUGGGUAUGAAUAUGGGACAGCCAAGCUAUACGCCGCCCCAGAUGCCCCCCCAUCCUGCUCAGCUGCGUCAUGGCCCCCCCAUGCAUACCUACAUUCC